CGAAACGGCGCCGUUUUCCUCAAGGGAUGGAUGUACAUCAAAAACCCUAACUCUGACAUCGUCGUCUUGCCACUCUCUCUGCCUUUGCUGUGAGCUCUUGCUCUCUCUCGUCCAGCCUCCGCCGCCGCUGCUUCGGCUUCCCGGGAUCAGAUUCAAUGGCACCUAAGAAGGACAAGGCCCCUCCUCCUUCCUCCAAGCCCGCCAAAUCCGGCGGUGGCAAGCAGAAGAAGAAGAAGUGGAGCAAGGGAAAACAAAAGGAGAAGGUGAACAACAUGGUGCUGUUUGACCAGGCAACCUAUGACAAGCUUCUUUCUGAGGCACCCAAAUACAAGCUCAUCACCCCUUCCAUCCUCUCUGAUCGUUUGAGGAUUAACGGAUCGCUUGCUAGGAAGGCAAUAAGGGAACUGAUGGCUAGAGGUUUGAUCAGGAUGGUUUCUGCCCAUGCCAGCCAGCAAAUCUACACCAGGGCUACCAACACUUAAAGCUGCUACUUUUUGUUCUUGUUCUUUCGACCAAUCUUUUAGUUUACUUAUUCAGCAUCUACAGCUGGUACUGUGAUCGCUAGGAAUUUUGAGACGAUGAAGUUGGUGUUGUACUUCUGUUUUCGUAGUUCAUUCUCCUCCAAGAAUUGAUUAUGGUUUAAUGGAUAUUGAUCUUCUACAUUACCAAAUCCCUUCGGGUCGUGAAUCGAGAUUGUCUUAUCUUGCCUUA